CAAGUGCUAUUGUUUUUGUUUAAGAGACAAAUCAAGCCUGUGUUACUUCGAGCUGAUUUGAUAUCUGGAUGAUUAGGAAGCGACUUUUCAUGAACAUGGUGAAAACAGUUGCUAUUUGCUUCCUGUUUGUGACUGGUGUCCAAACACAGCAGAUUGAAGGUGUUAUUAAUGUAACGGCAGUGAAAGGCUAUGAAGCUAUCUUGCAAUGUGAAGCUCCUGGUAAAGGUUCCAACAAACCAGUACAAUUUCAGGUGAAUAAGGAGGAUAACAACACAAUGAUUGCAAUCUACAAUCCACCAGUGAACAAAAUACUUAAUUCUUCAUACAAACCAAGAGCAACAUUGGAAGUCACUGAGAAAAGUGUCACCAUUAUUAUUAAAGAAGCUCAGGAAUCUGACAAAGGCUGGUAUUCCUGCCAAAUUCACACUUUUCCAGGAGGAAAGGUAGUGCAGAAGAUCUAUUUGCAUAUAAAAGAUUAUUUGCCCAAUUCACCAUCCUCCCGCCGAGGUGUAAUCAUUGGCAUUGGUGUGUUUGCAGCACUCGUGCUCAUUGGAGCAGUUUUUAUGUUCCUAUUCUGUGCACAUCAGAGGAAAGAUAGAGUAUAUAUCCCAAAACAGGUCAAUAUAAUCGUGAAAAACAGCCAAUACUCAGAAAACAAGUGGACAUCAGGAAACAACGACAGAACAACCAGCAAUGAACAUUCUGAAGACACCUAUGAAGACUAUUUGAUUAUGUCUCAUGGAUGAACAUACAAAGUGGCAGUUUAUGUUCCUGGUGACAAUAUUUACAAUAUUUUUCAAAUUUCUCACACCCUCCUGUAAAUCUGCUAAAGUUUAAAAUGUUCCAUGGUCAUUGUCCCAAAGACAAGGACCAUGUUCACUUUGAUUGAAUCAGUACUUUCAAGCAUUCCCGAUAGAGAAGAUAGAGAUACCAAAGAGUUUUGCCUAGUGUGAGAAGCUGGCAAAAACUUUCAUCUAAAUUGGCCUUUCAACAGUUCCGAAGCAGGUCUGGAGAAUAAUAUCAAGGGCGAGCGAGAGGAUUUUCCU